GUUCUGUCCUUGUCCACUACCACGCAUAUAGCACCACGGUUUUAAAAACAAACAAAAAAAUAAAAAAAAAUAGCCGACUACAAUGAAAGCUACCGAGAAAAGACUUCAAGCGUUCCACCUCAGCGACCCAGGUGGAUCACCAGCCGCAUUGUUAGGUAUCAAACGUAUUAGAGCUCGUUUCGACCAUAAAACACAAGAGCAUAUCAUCCUCUGGAACGAUAUUACAUCCGUUUACAAGGAAGCAAAUCAUAUAGAAAUCGGAGGAGAAGUUUUAUCAUUUCUCACGGAUGAGAACUUUGAAUAUUUGAGGCCGCUCCGAAUCCGUGCAGAACUAGACGAUGUACUAGAUGUCGUCAUUCUCUCUCAAGCAGGCACUUCGGGAGAACCGGGUAUAACAAUCACACAGAGAAGGGUGGAGGAACCAGUUGUGCCAAAAUUAAGUGAAGUCGAUACCCUUAAUUCCAACACAGAAGCCGAUAGCAAUAGCACCAAAAGCUUAGAGACAGAUAUGAAGGAUCUUCCCGUAAAGGAAGAUGGCACAGAUUGUCCAGUUGUUGUCGAAUCUCAAGGAGAGUGUAUUCCAAGGGAUGAAUCAAAGAGUUCGGAAAAAUCAACUACCCCAGAGAGUGAAGGAUUGGCAGCAGCCCUGGCCAAAGCAGUCAAAGAAGAUGCUGUCAUCCAGGUAAUGCUAGGAUAUAUGUACUUUAGUGGCAAUGGGGUCCUGCAAGAUUACACAGAAGCCUUUGACUGGUAUUUCAAGGCUGCCAGCCAAGGACAUGCCGCUGCUCAGUACAACCUAGGCAAGAUGUACUAUGAUGGCAAUGGAACCCCACAAGACUACGCAAAAGCCUUUGAGUGGUACCACAAGGCCGCCAGCCAAGGGUAUGCCAGUGCUCAGUGCAAUCUAGGUGAGAUGUACUAUGAUGGCAAUGGAACCCUACAAGACUACGCAAAAGCCUUUGAGUGGUAUCUCAAGGCUGCCAACCAAGGAGAAGCCGUUGCUCAAUAUAAUCUAGGCCAGAUGUACCAUGAAGGCAAUGGCGUCCCACAAGACUAUUCAAAGGCCAUUGACUGGUAUCUCAAGGCAGCCAACCAAGGAAAUGCUGAUGCUCAGUACACUCUAGGUGUCAUUUACCAUAAUGGUGAUGGAGUUACACUCGACUAUUCAAAGGCUAUUGAUUGGUAUCUCAAGGCUGCAAACCAAGGAGAUACUGAUUCUCAACGCAUCAUUGCCUCGAUGUAUCACGAUGGCAAGGGCGUCUCUAGGAAUCUUGCUAAAGCAAAGCGAUGGUACCAGAAAGCCGCUGACCAAGGCGAUACUGAUGCCCAAUAUACUUUGGACCAGCUCGAGCGUUGAAUGAUCUUUUAUGUAUUUAAUAGGAAGUACAUACCCUUGGGUGCACCAUGCUUCUGUAAUAAAGGACAGAUGGAUCAGUAGAGGUGAUUGUCUACUGGACAUGAGAUUUAUUGUAAGAUUACAGAUCCUGACUCCGUAUCAGUAACAGUCUCACGCCUGGCUAUCUCCAGCUUUGUUUUUACUUUAC